AUGAACUCUUUAAGGAUCCUAUUUUAUAGUAAACGCGAAAUGGUUAGGGGAAGAAACAUCCCUUUUCUUCUCAUAAAUAAUAAUUUUAAUAUCACUGGAAGAAGAAACAUAAACAUGGGUAUGCGAAAACUGAACCAUAAUAACCCCAACAAAGAAAUAAAUUACACAGAAAAUCAGCCGAAAGCAAUCAGAAUACCAAUAAUGAGAUAUUUUUAUGGAAUCAUCAUCCUAAUGACUGUUAUCCCAAUUACUCAGACCCUCUACGAAACAAACAAAUAUUAUGAAGAGAACAAACAUUUGUACCAAAAGGAACAGAGUUAA